AUGGAGAUUCCUGUCAUUGAACCAAUGAACCUGCACGGAAGCCCAUCAGAAAUCGAAGAGUGGGUAGAACCUUUCGAAUUGUGGUGCAGCAUCCCGAAAGGAGGAAUGCAAAAUCAGUCGGUUCUAUUUUUGACAUUGGGCGGCCGAGAGCUGUAUUCCCUGGUGAAGAAUCUAGCGUUCCCGAAUAUUCCUGCUGAAUUGCCGUUCGAGAAGUUGAAAUCCCUAUUACUGGACCACAUUCUCCCAGUGGAUUUUCAGGCCACUGAACGGGCCAAAUUCAACUCAAUGAUCAGAGCUGCCAGCAUGCCGUGCCGUGAGUUCAUUCUCCAGUUGAACAAACAGGCGUCAAAAUGCAACCAUAGUGACCGAUUGGAAGAACAACUUUGCGACCGUCUCAUUGCUGGAAUCAACAACAUCUCAUUACAACUUAAGAUGUUGGAAAAGAAAGAUAUCACCUUUGCUGAGGCUCGAAAAAUCUGUGAGCAGAGUGACGAUUUGUGUGCUGCCACAAAUGCGGAUACUCCUGUGUUAUUCCAUCGGNACUUCACCCCAGAUUCCUCAAGUACCCAAUCCAAGUCGAACACAACCGAAGGCCGUCACCAACCGUUGUUUUUCAUGUAG